GUACCAGCAAAACAUUGGACAGCAUAAACCGCCAAAUUCUCCCAUUCCUCGCUUUGCCCAGCCCGACCGAAUAAAGGAACCUGGGUGGACACCUCAUCAUGCGUUAUGGUUUUUCUGUGAAACAUAUUUCUCAAUCCAUAAAUAAAUACUCUUCCUGUCCCUAGCAACAUUUGGUACCUACCUAGUUAAGAAGUUGUUCUAGUAAACAAAAUUACUCAUCAAUAAACCAACCGCCAUAGAAAGCAGCUAUUAAUCACAUAUUUAACCUGCAGCCUACCAGUUUACCCCAUUGUCAACAAACCACCACCGACUUAUUCACGAUACAAACAUUGCAGCAUUGUUAUAGCAUACAUACUCUACCUGCGCAGCCAUGUUGCGAGGCAGGUCGAAAGAGAGGUCCUCCAACAGAAAAGUCACACCGCCUUCGCCAAGUUAUAUGAACAAUGAGCAAUUCGCUGCAUAUCUGGCAAGUCUCCGAGAGAGUCGAGUAAGCCGCCCGGGAGGUGCACGGCCCCUUCCUCCUUCGUCAAAGCCACCGCACCGGGAUUCUACAGAACGACUCGCCACCGGCCGCCCAUCCCCAACUGCCCCGUCUGUCUUGUCCGAAGCCCCUAGCAAUCACCAAAGGCCGCUGUCCGAUCUGCCAAGGCCGCGCGGUAGCCGUCCUAGUUUUGCCCCAAGCGUAGCUUCUCGCUACUCUACCAUGACCUCCAUUGGAAAGGAUUAUUACCCCGAAAAUCCUACUGUUGCGCCUUUGAAACCAGGUGAAUUUGUUCCCAGUGCCACAUAUAUCGAGCGCGGGCAGCGAUGGAUGGAGAAGGAAGAGGCUGUCUCACUUCGCGAGGCAAUGGACGCUAUGGACGCCAUGAAUGUGAAGGAUGGGGACAAGGAUAAGCAAGGAGACGGAGAACAACAGGACGACGAUGAAUCUCGACUGUACAAUGCGGCUCUCGACGAGGCGGCGGAAUUGGUCUGGCAACAUCAACACGGAAUAAAGCCUCCUGAACCUGGUGCUCCGUACCGGUAUAAAUCCCACUUGCGAAAGGAUAGUUACGCUCAUGCUCGUGCUGCUAGUGCCGGACGGUAUGGUAGUGAGAUCAGUCCUACCGGGCUCGCGAGGGACUCUAUUCGGUCAUUAUCUGGUAGUUCGUCAGGUAGCGACAGGGCGCGCUCUCCAGUAAGUGGACGCACAAGUAUGGAUCAGCAACGUACAUAUUCCAUCGGAUCGACCAAGUCGAAAUCGAAAUCGUAUGGUAGUAUGGGUAGUACAGCACGUUCGAGUUCUGGUGGCCGACGUCUUAGCAGCUUGAAGCGUAAUAUAAGCGGGGAGGUUGAGAAACCCUUUUCAGGCGAUCAAAUAUGGGAAGAGCCAGAAACCAUUACGCCUGAACGGUCCCCAAAACGGGCUCAACCACCAGAGAAAUCGCCAUCAAAAUCGCCACAGAAGUCGCAGCCCCUGGGACUUAAGUCAAGAGGCAUUCCUAACAGGGUUCAAUUCGCGCCCGCCUCAGUUGAGGACGAUCCGGACGAUACUCCAUCGUCAGUGCCUACCAAGCCGGUGUCCAAAAUCGAAAUCCACAAGAACCCUCCAUCACAAUCUCGUAACCCGGCUUACACCACAAACACGCCGUUAGAGUCGCCACAGAAGCCUCAGGAAAUUCCGAAGAAGCAUGGUAUGGAGAUUCGGGGCGAUGAUAUUAGAUUGGCAACUACCAUGCGGCUCAAGGACCGCAGCGCGAAGCUCCCCACGCCGUCGGCCGUCAGCGACAGCCCCGGGCGUCCAAUCGUAAGCUUUGAUAAAAACUGGAAGCCCCCAGAGGAAGAGGCGACUGAUUCAAAAUUAGAAGAGUCCAAGCCCAGCAGCCACCGAUCUUUCGGGGUCGUCGGUAAAGAGCAUCAGGGCCAGAAUCCGCAGCCGCCUGUCCCUACUAUCUCAGUUUUGCCGGAUACUGAAGUUCCGAAGCCGUCGUCAGCAUCGCGGCCAUCCGGUACCACGCCGGCCAUCCCAAGUAUCCAGAUAGGCGGGGCGGACGACGGUCCGCAGGUGCCGGUGCCGGUGAUCUCCGUCUCGGAUGACGGCCCGGCUGUCCCAACUAUCGUACUACCGGGAGAUGACGAUGACUACAAUAACAAAGCCCCGAAUGUACCAACUAUAGCUACCCCUGACAGUGGUAGAAAGCCUUCCGCUAGACCCUUACCAAACCCCAAAGCACUCAAUACUACGCAAGAUCGCCGCCGAAGCCAUUGGUCUCCGGCACCAGGAGUGACCGGCCGUCGCGCGACAGCGAUCUGUCAUGAGUGCGGAUUCCCCAUCGAAGGCCGCUUCGUAGCCUUGGCCGGAGCCUCGGAACGGUUCCACCCGCAAUGCUUUCGGUGCUACUGCUGCGGCACAGCUCUCGAAGCACUCGAGAUCAGCCCCGAGCCAGAUAAUUUCCGGAGCGAGCGACUCGACCGAAUCCGGCGCAGAGCCGCAGGCGAAAUCCUCGACGAGGAACCAGGAAAGACGAUGGCGGAAGACGGGGACGCGCGACUGCGCUUCUACUGCCACUUAGACUGGCACGAACUCUUCGCGCCGCGCUGCAAGCACUGCAAGACGCCCAUCCUGGGCGAGCACGUGGUAGCACUAGGCGCACACUGGCACUACGGACACUUCUUCUGUGCCGAGUGUGGCGACCCGUUUGACCAGAAGGCGACGCACAUCGAGAAGGACGGGUACGCGUGGUGCGUAAGUUGCCAGACGAAGCGGACGGAGCGGCGAGCGCCCAAGUGCCGCGCGUGCCGGCGCGCCGUCAUCGGCUCGUACGUGCGCGCCUUGGGAGGCGAGUGGCACGACGAGUGCUUCCGGUGCGCGUCGUGCGGCGGCGGCUUCGACGACGGUCAGAUCUUCCCCAUGCCCGAGCGCGGCGAGGGCGUCGUGCUGUGCACGAGGUGUCGCGCCGCAGAGCUCAAGAUGUGACGUGAUGCGCACGCGAAUGAAUUACGAACGACGAUGCGAUACGAUAAGAUAAGAUAAUUAGAUGUAACCGACGAACGGCAUAGUUUGCGAUUGUGUUGGUUUUUUGCGACGGAGUACUUUGGUAGUUUGUCUGUUUUUAUUGCCUCCUCUUGACACUUCCUUCCCAUACUUCUCCUUUCCUCUUCUCUCGUGACAUCUUGUCUUGCAAGUCAAGUUGAGAAGCGAGGGCGAGUUUGCGGGCUGGAGUGAAAGAUGGCUGGCUGGCUGGCUGGUGGGUGUCGUUAUUGCUUUUUCCCGAGUCCGGUUUUUGCGUUGUACGGGUUUGCGUUUGGUGCUUUUGACUUGUGCUUACCUUACAGUAAUACUUCAUUCAUCCAAGGCAAGGCGUUAUGUGCGACUCGAGUCUGACAUGGUUUAAUUUGAUUCGGCUUGGUUUAGGGGGAAUUGCUUUGCUGGUGGUAAUUGGCGGCGUUUUUCAGUAUUGGGAGUUGAGCAAUAGCAGUUCGGAAAUACAAAAAGACU